AUGACCGAGCAAUUCAUGCCAUCAAAGGCUUUUGGCCAACAACCACGGAGCGCUGGCCCCUCUCUUCUGGCCUGCCUUCUCUGUCGCCACAAGCAUCUCAAAUGCGAUGGGAUGACUCCCGUCUGUAGCCGCUGCGCUACUGCCGGUGCAGAAUGCCAAUAUACCCCUUCUCGACGAGGGUACAAGGGCCCGUCCAAGAAGCGGCGCGCCAACCCAUCACCUGAGGAAGAGGUGACGGACAUCACACCUGCAUUUGAUCCGAAUACGGUCGGUCUAUAUAACGUCCCCAAUGUCCCUGUCGACUGGAACUUUCAGAGUUCCUUCACGUAUAUGCCUACGACGGCAACUCUCCCCGCCUCUACGCCCUCGGAAAGUUCCAUUUUCGUGGAACAACCGGCCGCCACUGCGCAGCAACUUCUCGUAAAGAAUGCACCCCUAACUCCAGAGUCAUCGACGUCUAUUGCGAACGAUGGUUAUCUGGUUGAUAUUUACUAUCAGUUUUUCCAUCCUUCGCAUCCUAUCUUACCACAGAUUCGUUUCCUCUAUCAGGGCCGUGGUGUGCCAGCAUUUUUAGAGCAGGUCAUUAAAUUUAUCGGUGCUCAUUUCACCCCCGCCGCAUCUAGUGAGACCUAUCGGCCGACGGUCAUGUCAAACGUCAUGGAGCAAGAAGGGACUAUAGAAAAGGUACAAGCGCUUGUGCUACUGGCAAUUGUCCUUCAUUCGAGAAAUGAGCGCCCACAAGCUGGAGAGUGUCUUGCGACUGCUGUUGAUCUGAGCUUCGAACUCGGCAUGCACACGAGGGACUUUGCGAUUUUGAUGGGCGAAGGCGACCCAGUCAGAGAAGAGUGCCUAAGGCGCACCUGGUGGGAAUUAUUUAUUAUCGAGGGGAUGCUUACUGCACUCGGUGUCCAACCCGAGUUUCGCCUGAGCAAGGUACCUCUGGAGGUACCGCUUCCCUGUGAGGAUCGCAUAUACCAGGAAGGGUUGGUCCCUCCACCGCCUCCGACGAUAGCACAAUUCGACGACCGCGUCUUUGCCGACGAGGAGCGAGACUUUUCAUCCUACACCUACCGCAUAGAAGCGGCGCGAGUGCUCGGAAAAGUCGUAUCCAUCCAAGACAUGGUGGAAGGCCAACAGGAACAGGUCGAAUCUAUCGACGCCCGAAUCACGAGCUUUUUCCACCACCUCCCCGAAUCGAAAGCAGAGCUCCUCCGGCCAGAUGGUACAGUCGACGAGUUGAUGUUCCAAGCAAGAAUGGUCAUUAACGGCACCUCCAUCUACCUGCACUUCCCGCGGUCCGACCUCCUCUCAUCCCCCACCGUAGCUGCCGAAGUCAUCUGCGGCCACCACGGCCCGUGCUCAAUUCCAGCCUUCUCGCACCACUCCCACGCCAUGAAGGCCGUGAAGGCCGCAAGCGAAAUCUCCUCCCUAGCAUCCACCCCCAUGCCCGUCGUGAAGCACACUCCCUUCUUCAUCUGCUCUCUCGUUAUGUCCUCCAUCGUCCAACUCGCCGCCUGCUCCGUGAAAGCCGGCCAGAUGCCGGAUCCCAGCCGCGACAAGCUCUCGCUGACGAUAGGCGUGUUCAAGACAUUGUCGAAUACCUGGGCGAUCUCGCAGUCAAUCAUGCGGCAGAUCAAGGCUGUCGCGAGAGAUGUUAUGGAUAUGGGUCUGCGGCCGACGAUGGAUCAGAUUGAUCUGAAUACUGUCCUUGAUAAUAACGGCCGGUUCUGGCUUCCUGAUGUGCUUCCGAGGUAA